CUACGUGAGCCGUCACUGCGCUUACGUGCAGACGUAACACUACAGUCUCGCGUGAUGAGAUUUGUGGCGACGGGUGUCCUGGAAGACAGGAGGGAAGGAGCGUUGAAUUAACAGCAUUGCGGGAGGUGAAGAGCCAUGACUUUGUUUUCCACUCCUGGGGGAUUUGGAACCGGGGGCGGCAGUAUGUUCGGCAGCACAGCGACUGAUAACCACAAUCCUAUGAAGGACAUUGAAGUCGCUUCACCUCCGGAUGACAGCAUCUCGUGCCUCUCUUUCAGUCCCCAGACGCUGCCUGGCAAUUUCCUAAUCGCAGGAUCCUGGGCCAAUGAUGUGAGGUGCUGGGAGGUUCAGGAUAAUGGCCAGACCAUUCCAAAGGCGCAACAGAUGCACACAGGUCCUGUGCAGGACGUCUGCUGGAGUGAUGACGGGACCAAAGUGUUCACAGCCUCGUGUGAUAAGACUGCCAAAAUGUGGGAUCUAAACAGCAACCAGUCAAUACAAAUAGCACAGCAUGAUGCCCCUAUAAAGACUGUGCAUUGGGUAAAGGCCCCGAACUACAGUUGCAUCAUGACUGGUAGCUGGGAUAAAACUUUAAAGUUCUGGGACACACGAUCACCAAACCCAUUGUUGAGCAUACAACUCCCAGAACGAGGUUACUGCGCAGAUGUGGUGUACCCUAUGGCUGUUGUGGCAACUGCAGAGAGAGGGUUAAUAGUGUAUCAGCUUGAGAACCAGCCCUCCGAAUUCAGAAGAAUAGACUCUCCCCUUAAACAUCAGCACCGAUGUGUCGGCAUUUUUAAAGACAAGCAAAACAAGCCCACUGGCUUCGCACUUGGAAGUAUCGAAGGAAGAGUCGCGAUUCAUUACAUCAACCCUCCCAAUCCAGCCAAAGACAACUUCACAUUUAAAUGCCACCGCUCCAAUGGUACGAACACAGCAGCCCCUCAAGAUAUCUACGCUGUAAAUGACAUCGCUUUUCAUCCUGUACACGGCACUUUGGCUACAGUUGGAUCAGAUGGGCGAUUCAGUUUCUGGGACAAAGAUGCACGGACCAAACUGAAGACUUCGGAGCAGCUGGACCAGCCAAUCACUGCUUGUUGCUUCAACCACAAUGGAAAUAUUUUUGCCUAUUCGUCUAGCUAUGACUGGUCCAAGGGACAUGAAUUCUACAAUCCACAGAAGAAGAACUAUAUCUUCUUGCGUAAUGCAGCUGAAGAAUUAAAACCAAGGAACAAGAAAUAAUGAGCAGCCUCCGCCGUGGGGAAAGUAUAGGAGAUGGGAUUUUCCUUACUGCAGCGCUUACAACUGGCAUUGAUGUUGUCCCUCGCACAGACCACGUCCUCCUGCUGUCAGUUCCUAUGGCUCGGCGUAGAGUCUCCAGUUUUUUUUUCGUUGAAAGCGUGUACAGAACAAAUAAAGUUUCCGUACAGCUUACCCUGCAUCAAUUGAUGUCGCCAGAGACCCUAAUAUUGUCUUAUUUCUGGAUUAUAUGUAUCUGUGGUGAGUGUAUGGGAGCAGCAUGCUGAUAAACUUGCCUUAAACCAUAAAUGGGCAUAAGGUAACUUUCCAAUGUCUGGUUGGGUUUUGUUUUAUAUUUCAAUAAAGUUCUUUUUAUGAAA